ACACAAUUGAGUGUCCAAGUAGUUGAAACCCACUUCUUUUCAUUGCAAUCGACCAGGUCAGAUCUUCUUGAAGCCACUACAUAGGCCUUACAAAGCUUCACACGUUCAAUUCGACUUAUAAAGGUACAGUUGACACUAUAUAUUUGCUGAUUGAAGUAAUCUUAGGUUUGUCGAAAUAAAAGUCUUCGUGUUCAUCCAGAGUAUUUCAGAAGGGAAUAAUUUGAAAGAUUUACGUCUUAUUUCCACGGUUAAAGUACUAAGUGAAUAGUUGGAAGAUUUGCCUUUGAUUAAGAUGUUGAUUGAAAGUUCAAUUCAUGAACAGUAUAUCAAGACAUUGAAUCUCGGUUGUUUCCCGAGAUCAAUAUUAGAAUUUCAAGAAUCACAAGAGUUCUUCCCGCAAAUAGUCUUUAUUGAUUAUCAGUUACAGUUAUUAAUCCAAAACGAGUUUAAUGGUCUUGAGUUAUUGCCGGCAAGUGCAUUUGAAGCUUCAGGUAAUGGAUCACCUAGGGAAAAAUUGGCCCAAUUGAUUAAUUAUGCUCAUUCUAUAAGUGCCAAUUAUAAUACUGCAAGCAAGGCAUACGAGGAACGUUUGUACUAUAAUGUGGUAUUGGCCCAGUUAUUUUAUCUUAACUCGGAGUUUGAUGAAAUGCACAGCUUACUCAGCUCUAUGGAUGUUUCUGCAACCCAUCAUUCUGAUAACGUAAAUGUGAAAGAUUUCAUCACCUAUUUGAGAGUCAGAUACAAUGUAUUAAUUGGAUUGACUAAUGUGGAAGAUUCUCAUAAAUUAUGGAUUGAGUAUUUAUUUCAUUAUCCAAAGCAUUUUGAAAAAUCUAGUAUUGCUGCAAAUCAUUGGGUGGAUAUCAUUUUCCAUAAAGUGGUCAGUUUCAUAACUCGUGAUGCACAUACUCCACUUUCAUUUCAGGAUUUAAGACUGCAAAAAUUCGGUGAUAACGUUAGUACUCUUAUUUCAUUGAGUAGUUUUUUGAUGAGAGAAGAAAAUAGGAGGUUUAUCACUAGUAGUUUCAAAAAUGACUACUCCACUUUCUUGACUUCAGAAGUCGAAGCUCGUAUAAGUCAAAAAGAUGAGUUUCCAUACGCUACCGACGUGAUUCGUGUUCAUGACGAUUUUAUUAACACUUUGUAUGAAAGUUUAAGUCAUGUUCCUAGCCAUUAUAAAUUGAUAUCACCUACAUUAUCAAAAAAAUUUCUUAUUAGUCUGUUUUCUAAGACCUAUCAAAGUCAAAUUGUUGCAUCUAACUAUAUUAAGAUAUUGAUAGAGCUCAAUGAAUACGAUGAAGCAUUAGCUGCUUUCAAAACAUACAUUAGUUAUAUCGAAAAGGAUCAAGAACAACACGGUGGCCAUAUGAAUAACUUGCUUUCUGUUAUCGAUACCUAUUCUGUUUGUAUCUUGAAUUUCAACCCAAUCAACUCAUUUAUUCCAAGAAUUAAAAGCCCUAAAAAAUUCAAAUAUACCACUGAAGAUCAAGUUUUAUCAUCAUUGUCUCAAUUCAUCACUCAACUCAAUGCAUACUUGCACGAAUUGACAAAUAUAGCCGAUUUAUGUUAUGAUGAUGUAUUAACUGAUUUCGCAUCACAAAAAUUAUCAUUUUUAUAUCAUAAGUAUAAUUUCAAUGUUUUGGCUAACGAUCACUCUGAAUUCAUUCAAUUAAUUUCAAAGGCUUGGUUUGCUUUAGGCCACUAUUAUUACUAUUUAUCAACCUACCAAACUCCUAACUUAGAAAGCUUGGAAAAGAAUACUAAUCAAGUUUUGAAAUUCUACAAAAACAGUUUAAUCGUUAAUUCUACUGGGAAUGUUACUUACUUAUUCAAUUAUGCGUUGGCUUUAGCAUACAAUCGUCAUUUACAACCUUCGGUUAAAUUAUGUAAGUUUAUUUUGAAGAAAUAUCCUGAAAGCUUUAAAACAUGGAAUUUAUUAGUCUUGUUGUUGACUUCUUUGGAAAAUUAUAAUCCUGAUUUUGUUAAACACAAAACUAAACCUGGUGCUACUGCUCACAAUGGUAAUGGAUCUGCUUUAAAUAAAUCGCCCAUUAAUGGAUCUGCAACUUUAAAUGGCAACGGAGCGGCACCACCAAGUUUGAAAGAAGUUGAAAAAUUCAUUAAUAACGCAUUGAAUAUUGCGGGUAUUUUCAUUGUAAAAAACCGUAAGAAUGACAUCAAAUUAACAAUUGAAACUAAAUUCGAGAUUUUACAAUUAAAAUUAACUCAAUUGGCCGUUUGGGAACAACUCUAUGGAGUUCAGUAUAUUUUGGAUUAUUUACCAGAAGUGUUCAUCUUAUUCCAUGAAUUAUUUGAUGAAGUAAUCAUUGAAAAAAUUGAAGCGCCUGAGCCUUCGGAAUCAGACUUUGAUGCUAGACCUAAUGCUAGAUGGUCCCACAGACCAAGUUUCAUUGAUCCAAAUCCAAACUCAACUAAUGACUCAAAUGUGGUACUUCUGAUUGAGAAACAGAUUGCAAAAGAUAGAAUUAAGAAGAUGUCCAAGGCAGGUACUACCAAUCAAACUACAGAACCCCAAACUGUGAUCAGACAAAAACCAAAAGAGGCUGAUCUCAAAGACCCAUUGAAAUUAAGGUUGUAUAUAUUGGAAAAAAAGAUUCUUCAAGAAAUCUGGUUAUGGACAAGUAGGAUCUACCUUAAGAUUGGCUUAAAUGAAGAUGCUGAACAGUGUAUUGUGGAAGCAGAAAAUGUGCAUGAACCAAACAUUAAAACUUUCACCCAUUUAGGUCUCUUAACCUCCAAGAGCAGGAAGUUCUUAUCAUUACAAGAAUUCGAAAGAUCCUUGGAAAUAUUAUCUUCAGAAGAUCAACAAUAUAACAAGAGAGACUAUGGUAUUACUCUUUUAGGUGUCUGUAGAUUAUUCAUCAUUGAUGAUAAGAUAGACAAUUCCUUAUUUACAUCUAGCAAAGAUUUCAAUGCUGCAAUCAUUAGAUUGAAAAACUUAUUAGAACAUUUCAGCCAAUGUUGGCCAUAUGGUUUCAAUAAUUCUGAAUUAUGGUAUUACUUGGGUAUAAUUUAUGAAAAGCUUGAUGAUAAAAUUCUUUUAGCCAAGAGCUUAUGGAAAUGUGUCGAAUUAGAAGAUUUCAGACCCGUAAGAGGUUUUGAAGUUUGUGAGGAGUUUGGUUAUUACUAG